AUGGGUCUCAGAGCAAAUGAAGCCAGAAACUUCCUGGGGCAGAAUGACAAACUGAAGCUGUCAGACACUUGUUUUUCUGUUUUUCUUCCCAGAUCCAAAUAUUUUAGAACAUGCUCAAGAGGUGAGCAUUUAACUAUAGAGUUUGAGAACCUGGUAGAAAGUGAUGAAGGGGAUAGCCCAGGAAGCAGUCAUAGGCCUCUUACCGAGGAGGAAGUUGUUGACCUACGAGAGAGGCGUUAUGAUGCUAUUGCUGAAAAGCAGAGAGACCUUGAUAUGGAAACUCAAAAGGAGUUAGCCUUACAAGAAGAGAAGUUAAGACUAGAAGAAGAAGCUUUAUACGCUGCACAGCGUGAAGCAGCCAGGGCAGCAAAGCAGCGAAAGCUCUUGGAGCAGGAAAGGCUGGGCACUGUGCAUGGAUGCCGCCCUUCCAGUAGUGCAGAAUGUCAAGGUUCAGGACCAGAAGACGACUUUGAGUCUUGUUUGAGAAAUAUAAAGUCACAGUAUGAAGUUUUUCGAAGUAGUAGACUCUCAUCAGAUGCCACAGUUUUGACACCAAAUACAGAAAGCAGUUGUGAUUUAAUGACCAAAACUAAAUCUACUAGCGGAAAUGAUGACAGCACUUCCUUAGAUCUAGAGUGGGAAGAUGAAGAAGGAAUGAAUCGAAUGCUUCCAAUGAGAGAGCGUUCUAAGACAGAGGAAGACAUUCUCCGGGCAGCACUCAAGUGUAGCGGCAAGAAGCCUGGAAGUCAUCCUGCGUCAGCCUCUGAUGACUCCAACGGGCUGGAGUGGGAGAGCGAUUUCGUGAGUGCCGAUGUGGAUGACAAUGGCAACUCCGAGUACUCUGGGUUUGUGAACCCUGUGCUAGAGCCAUCUGUUUCAGGGAGGAAGCCGUCUGAUGGAGGUCAGCAGAAACAGGAGGGUAAAAUUCUGUGACCCUGCUUAGCAGUUAUGACCAAAUCCUAAAAACCAAUGAGAAUGUAUAAGCUGUGCUGAGCCUCCUCGUAGGGAGGUAGAACCCAGCUGUGAAUGCUGAGAGAGGGCACGGGGGCGGGGGCAGUGGGCUAUGUCUGACUUGCUUCAGAAUUAAGUGCCCUUUCAUCACCUGCCUUCUGAAAACAAGUUCAUGGUUCUGUCAUGUUAUCAGUUAUCUUUAUUUUAACUCCUUUAGCACAUUCCUGUUUGCUAUUGUGGAGUUUCAUUUUUAAAAUAAAUUUUGUUAGUUUUACUUAAGUAUGUUUUCAUAAGCUUAUUUCAGUAGCUGUCUGACGAUGUGAAGGCAUUAUGUGUGCAGACUCGAGGGAGCACAAGGCCGGAACGCCAGACCCGGAUUUAGAACAGUGCUCCCUCUCCAGCAUUGCUUAUUCCUGCUACUGCUUACAGUUUGUAGCUUAGGAAGCACAAUUAGUUUUAGUAAAUGACCUUAAAGAAAUGCUCAAGUAUCAUUUCCUUUCUACACUUCUGCAUAUCCACGUGUGAUGCUGUUGAUUCAGGCUAAAACUCAGGAUAUGAUGGGGUAAGAUGAGCUUUCUGAGUUUGGACACUUAAAGUUGGUAAUCAGGAGUAAUAUUGAAGAAAACAAGUAUUCUUAGGUUCUUUACUUCCUUGUACACACACUAUAAAUAUUGACUUUAAGUUAAUUGAUAUAUUAAAUUUCUAGGUGUCAUUUUUAAAAAUUUUUAUAUUUCCAGUGACUGGUCUUAGAUUAUAUUCGCUGCGCAUGAUUCAGUAAGAAAGGAAGCCGGGAAGGUCACACGGGUAUUUCACAGUAGGUACAGUCCUUUCUGGUGGGAAAGGGUCUGUUGACUUUUAUUAAGUUUUCCUUUGCCUUGUAACACAAGGUGCGUUAAUGGGAUAGAACUAAUUGUAUCAAUAUAUAUAACUACUAUUUGUGAUGUACAAUGAACUCUUUUCUCUAAAGUUUAGAUAUUAAUUUAAAAGGUGAAGGAUAUAAGACACUCCCUAAUCGCUUGUCUUGGUUUUGCUGAGGACUGAUGUGAUUUCAGUAAGCAAACUCUUCAUUUUGUCCUUAGUGUUUUGUUCUUUUAUUUUUCUUGCAAAAUGACAGUGCAUGUUCUCAAAAAUAGGAAGGUUCUGAUGUAAAUAGUAACUUAGAGUUCUUGCGGUACUUACAAAAGUCAUGGGGUCCUUUCAGUAUUUGAGCUGCUGGGCAGUGACAUCAGUGGUUCCCUCUUUUUAUCUCGUAGAAGUAAAUAGGACAAUUUAAAUACAUACACAUGAGGCAGUGCUGUUGAUUUACAUCUGUCUUAACAAUUUACGUUGUGGCGCUCAUGGGAAAUAGUUUAAAGGUAAUCUAUAUUCACACUGCCUGUGUUAUGCUUUUUGAAGUUUGUAUACAUCAGAUGUAUAUUUUUGGUUUGGCAUAAGCUACUAUUGUAAAUUUUUUGGCAUUUUGUUCAUAAAGAAUUUUUUGAAGGAAUGGCAACUUGUCAAGGAUUGUCAAUAAACACAUUUUUACAUUUAAAAAA